AAACCACAAACAGGAUUUUUUGUUUUGUUUUGUUUUUUUUUUUUUUUUUUUUUUUUGUUUAAAAGAAAAAACACAAACCUCUUUCCCUAUAUAAAACUGUGUUAGCCUUCUCAUGCUUUUGGGGUAAUUCUCCCAUCUUCUAAACCCCUUUGCGUUUUGGCUUUCAACUUAAAUCCCCCACCAACUGUGUUUGUGAAUUAAAAAGCCUCAACCAUUCAAAUGGGCAGACAACCUUGCUGCGACAAACUUGGCGUUAAAAAAGGCCCUUGGACUGCUGAUGAAGACAAGAAACUCAUCAACUUCAUACUCACUAAUGGUCAGUGCUGUUGGCGGGCUGUUCCUAAGCUCGCAGGCCUCCGCCGCUGCGGCAAAAGCUGCCGUCUUCGUUGGACUAAUUAUCUCCGCCCUGACCUUAAAAGAGGCCUUCUCACUGAUACUGAGGAGCAGUUGGUGAUUGAUCUUCAUGCUCGUCUUGGAAAUAGAUGGUCGAAGAUUGCAGCUAGAUUACCAGGAAGAACAGAUAACGAGAUAAAAAACCACUGGAAUACGCAUAUAAAGAAGAAGCUCAUCAAGAUGGGAAUCGAUCCGGUUACUCAUGAGCCCAUCCAAAAGCAACCAGAGAAUGAGAAAAACCAAUCCUCAAGCACCAAGACGGAAAACAACACCGUUUUGGACAGCUCGAGCUCCCCGCCGAUGAUGGAGAAUAGCAGCUCCGUCACCACCGAUGAGUCAUCUUUUCUUCUAGAUAACAACCUCAGCAGCAGCAACAACAACAAUGAAUCCUCUUUCAUAACAAACACUUCUUUCUGGAUUGAUGAAGAAGCCCUUUGGAACAACAGCCCACCCAUUUCAAAUGGAGCCAAUUUUUUGUGGGAAGAGAAUUGCUCUUGGCUUCUUGAUUGUGAAGAUUUUGGCAUCCAUGAUUUUGGGUUUGACUGUUUUAAUGACUUUGAAAUAAAAGCUAUCAACACAACAGAAAUGGAAGGAAAGCACUAGAAAAAGAGAGAAAAAAGGGGCAACAAACAGAAAAUCAUAGUCAAGAUUAAAAACUUCCUUUUUUUUUUUUUAAUGAAAGAAAAAUGAUGUAUUUAAUGUGGACAUGUUACAAAGUACCAUGUACAUGAAAAAGUUUAAUGUGUUUAUUCUUGGGUAAUUUAUUAAGAGUAGAUUAUGAGGGGAGGGGUUUUGGAGGUUGAAGCUAAGUUAUUGGGUUUUGAAAACAUGAACACCAAAACAUGAUUUCAAAACAAAAGAACAAAAGUGACAUCAAAACAUGAGUCAUUAACAUGUGAUAUUGUUUUUAUGUUUCAACAAACAUUGUAAGUUUCUGUAAAGUGGUUUUAUUUAUGUAUUUUUGUCUCUUAGUAGCACUUUCAAAUUAAACUCCCUUCUAAAACCUUUGUAUUUA